AUGAAGAGGAAGAAGGGCCAGAUGGCGACGGCGAUUGACGUCGACGACGACGUUCACGGCGACCCAGAUAAUUUCAUGGAGGGCGAAGAGUCGCCGCUCCCUGAUUCACCGGUGACGAGGGAGACCAAGAAGACGAAGAAUGAGGUUCUUCUAGAGCUGGGGAGCGGGACUUGGAACCACAAGAAAACUCAGGAUUUCGGUUCAAGUUCCAGAAUUUGUUAA